AGCCCCAGUUCCUUGCGUCUCACGCGCCCGAAGACCUCGCUUAGACCCUACGCAGCACGCACCACCCACCACCACCAUCGCAUCGACGCCCCGCCAAAAAGAAAAAAAAAACUGGAAUACCUAAAUCGUCGGGGGUAUAUUUGUCAUUUUGGAUUGCAACGUUCUCCUUCACUGGCAGCACUACUCAACCGACUGCCCGCCCAUUUCCUUUCCCCGAUCUCGCUCCCGAUUCCUUCUCGCCGUCUCGACGAUCUGUCCUUCUAUAUCUCUUCUUUUCACUUUUCUACUUGAACAGAUUGUUGAUGACAUGGGCGCAGGCUUCUGUCUCUGUUUGUUUAGGUGCUUCCGAUCGGCUUUCUGUUAGGGUUUCUUGGUUCCGUUCCUUGCUGCGUUCUAUACUUGGAGAACGCACGGCAGAUCGCAUUGAAAGAGGAGGAAAGCAAUGGCCGUUCCCGUCGAAGAAGCGAUUGCCGCACUGUCUACUUUCUCAUUAGAGGAUGAUCAACCAGACUUUCAAGGACUCAAUAUUUUGUUGUCAACUGAACGACAGGCAACAGUCAGUCCUAUAGAAUAUGCUGAUGUGUCUGCAUACCGCCUAUCACUUGUGGAAGACACGAAGGCCAUCAACCAGCUGAAUUCACUUACUGUAGAAGGAAAGGAGAUGUCAGCUGUGCUUUACACAUAUCGCAGUUGUGUCAAGGCUCUACCUCAGUUGCCGGAAUCUAUGAAGCAAAGCCAAGCAGAUUUAUACCUAGAGACCUAUCAAGUUCUUGAUCUGGAGAUGAGUCGUCUUCGUGAAAUUCAACGUUGGCAAGCAUCGGCUGCAUCUAAGCUUGCAGCUGACAUGCAACGCUUUUCAAGACCAGAAAGGCGCCUUAAUGGCCCCACCACCACCCACAUUUGGUCCAUACUUAAGUUGCUUGAUGUUCUGGUGGCUCUAGAUCACCUUAAGAAUGCAAAAGCUAGUAUACCCAAUGAUUUUUCAUGGUAUAAAAGGACAUUUACUCAAGUGAGUGCACAAUGGCAAGAUACUGAUUCAAUGAGGGACGAAUUGGAUGAUUUACAGAUAUUCUUGAGUACAAGGUGGGCUAUUCUGCUGAACUUACAAGUGGAAAUGUUUCGUGUGAACAACAUGGAGGACAUUCUUCAGAUUCUUUUACUAUUCUGUGUUGAGACUCUGGAGUUGGAUUUUACCCUUCUGUUCCCAGAGCGCCAUGCUCUUCUGCGUGUUCUGCCUGUGCUCGUAGUCUUAGCAGCAGCAUCUGAAAAGGAUAGUGAUUCACUAUUUAAAAGAGUUAAAAUCAAUCGUCUCGUUAGCAUAUUCAAGAAUGAUCCUGUCAUCCCUGCAUUUCCAGACCUUCAUCUUUCUCCUGCUGCAAUGCUGAAAGAGCUAGCAAUGUACUUUCAGAAGUUCUCAAGCCAAACCCGCCUUUUGGCUUUACCUGCACCACAUGAAAUCCUUCCCCGCGAGGCACAAGAAUACCAGAAACAUUAUCUAAUAGUCAACCACAUUGGAGCUAUACGUACUGAGCAUGACGAUUUCGCUGUACGGUUUGCGUCUGCAUUAAAUCAGAUCGUAUUGCUGAAGCAGUCAGAUGCAUCAGAUUCUGAGUGGUGCAGGGAAGUUAAGGGAAAUAUGUACGAUGUGGUUGUCGAAGGUGUUCAGCUUCUUAGCAAGUGGACUGGACGUAUUUGGGAGCAGUGUGCAUGGAAGUUUUCUCAUCCCUGCAAAGAUAUAUUUCCACAGGAGCACGAGACAUCAACCUCUUUUUCUGACUAUGAAAAGGUUGUCCGGUGGAACUAUAGUCCAGAAGAGAGGAAAGCAUUGGUUGAGCUUGUGAGCUACAUAAAAAGUGUUGGUUCAAUGAUGCAGAGAUGUGAUACCAUAAUCGCUGAUGCUUUGUGGGAAACAAUUCAUGGUGAGGUCCAAGAUUUUGUGCAGAAUCGGCUAGCAAUCAUGUUAAGGACUACAUUUAGGAAGAAAAAGGAUCUUUCUAGGAUUUUGUCUGAUAUGCGGACACUUUCGGCAGAUUGGAUGUCAAACACAGCCAACCCAGAAGUUGAGUUGCCAUCGGUGCAGCAUCCAGGUGAGGAUGGCAAUGGGAACAACUUUCACCCAAGGGCAGUUGCUCCAACAGCAGCUCAGGUGCACUGUUUGCAAUUUUUAAUUCAUGAACUUGUUUCUGGUGGUAACUUAAGGAAAUCUAGCGGAUUAUUUGGAAGCAGUGGCUUGGACAUUCCACCUAGUGAACUAAAACUCCUGGAAUCAUUCUUCCACAAACUUAGCUUCUUCCUGCAUGUUAUGGAUUACACAGCAACAAUUGCAACAUUAACAGAUCUUGGAUUCCUGUGGUUUAGGGAAUUUUAUUUGGAGACAUCUCGUGUAAUUCAGUUUCCAAUCGAAUGUUCUCUUCCAUGGAUGCUAGUGGAUCAUGUGAUCGAGUCUCAAGACAGAGGGCUGCUUGAAAGUGUUCUGAUUCCAUUUGAUAUAUAUUGUGAUUCUGCACAGCAUGCUUUAACUGCUCUGAAGCAACGUUUCUUAUAUGAUGAAAUUGAAGCCGAGGUAGAUCUUUGCUUUGAUCAAUUGGUGUUCAAAGUGAGUGAGAAUAUUUUUACAUAUUAUAAGAGCUGCGCUGCAAGCAAGUUACUGGAUCCAUCAUUUAUAUUUGCAUCUGACAAUGCGGACAAAUAUUAUGUUCCACCCAUACGAUUUGAUUCCAUAUUCCAAAUGCGGAGGAUGAAGCUGCUUGGCAGAACCAUAGAUCUGCGAAGUUUGAUUGCUCACCGGAUGAACAAAUUGUUUCGAGAGAAUCUUGACUUUUUGUUUGAAAGGUUUGAGACACAGGAUUUAUGUGCUGUUGUGGAACUGCAACAACUCGUUGAUGUCCUUCAACUUGCUCAUAAACUCUUGUCAGAAGAACUUCUAUUGGAUUCCUUUCCUCUCAUAUUGAAGGAGAUGCAGGAGAACAUUUCACUUGUUUCAUUUUCUAGUCGAGUCUCUUCACAGAUUUUGACAGAAAUUCAGAAUGACCUAUUGCCCAAUUUUGUCCUUUGCAAUACUACCCAGAGAUUUAUACGUCUAAGGAAGUCUCAUCAGUCUCAGAAACCACAGUUACCUUUGGUGAAACUUAGCUUCUAUUGUGGCUCUCAGGAACUUAAUGCAGCCUAUCAAGGAUUUGCACAAUUGUAUAGUGAGUUUUUUGGAUUACCUCACAUGUGUUCGAUCACCAAACUACUGGGAUCACGUUCAAUACCUUGGCUUAUUAGAGGGCUGCUAGAUCUACUAACAACUAAGAUUGCAUCUCUUGAGCCAAAGUUGUCGGUAUUGCAAGGAUCACUGCCAAAGUCAAUUGGGUUGUUACCAUAUGAUGGUGGUAUUCCAGGUUGUGUGAAAUUUGUUCAAGAACAUCUGCACUGGGCUUCAAAAUCAGAUCUAAGGUCUGAAAUUCUUAAUGUUUUAAAGGAAGUAGGAAUCAUCAUAUGCUUGAUGGGCCUUCUGGAUAUUGCACUGAAAGAAGCUGAAACAGCACAGUUUAUGCAAAUUGCCCCCUGGCUAGGGUUAAUUCCUGGAAACGAUGGGCAAAUACAACAAGCUUUGACUGAGUCUGGACACAGCCCAAUGGUUGACUUGUUCAAAUCUAUAACAAGUGCAAUUAUAUCAUCUCCUAGAUGUCCAAGUACAACAUCUUUUGCAACCUUAUCAAAGCAGGCUGAAGCUGCUGAUCUCUUUUACAGGAAUAACCUGCAUACUGGGAGUGUCUUGGAGUAUAGUCUUGCAUUUAUCAGUGCUGAGUUGGAUAAAUACCAAAGCAAAUGGAAUGCUACUCCGAAGACUGGCUUCAUAGAUAUCACAACAGCAAAGGACUUCUAUCGUCUGUUUAGUGGUCUCCAGCUUGGAUAUCUUGAAGAGUACAGUCAGGAAACGCUGAACAAGAGUGAAGUUCUUGGUGAUUCAGUUGCCUGGGGAGGAUGCACAAUAAUCUACUUGCUUGGUCAGCAGAUGCACUUUGAACUCUUUGACUUCUCAUAUCAACUCCUCAACGUUGCAGAGGUUGAAAGUGUGGCAGUUGCUCAUUAUACUUCCUCAGAAAGGGCUAAAAGUGCUAGCUACUUGCAGGGAUGGGAUAAACUGAUAGAUGGUGCAAAAAAAGCUAGAAGAUUGAACAACCAUGUCUUCUCGAUGCUGAAAGCUCGUUGUCCACUGGAAGAGAAGAUGGCAUGUGCUAUAAAGCAAAGUGGUGCGCCUUUACAUCGUGUCAAAUAUGAAAACACAAUUUCUGCUUUUGAAACAUUGCCGCAGAAGGGAGCUUGAGGCAUUAUGUGUAUAUUCGCAUGCAUCCUAUUUCUAGUAUUUAAGCAGCAAUCUUAUGGCUUCUGUAAAUUCUGUAGUUGUACAAAUUGUAAAGUUUAUUCAUUUGUUCGAGGCAUGUAGUAUCAACCAUGUUUGUAUGUACGACUUUUUGUUUCAUAUGAAUCUUCUUUUUUGCGUGGUAUCUGUGGACCUGUGGUUCAACUUGGUUCAUUCUUAUGAAUGUGUUGGCCUCCUGUAGCCGUAA